AUGCCACCUAUCACCAAGAAAGAUGGAUUGGGAAUAAUUAAAUCUCCUGCAGCUGGUGAGUCCAUGCACCAUAAUGGUGGGAUGUCGACCUUGUCUCCAAUAAUUAAUCCGAUGCUACAUACCAUUUUUGGAUGGAAUGACUCAGUUCAGAUGGUCGUUGACAAUGUGCAGAGGGGAGCUGAUGGAGUCAAAGGGCUAGUUGGCUUUUUAGAAUGGUUUGUCCAUAAUCGGGGCUUGAACCCUACCCUAUUUGACACCAAACUUGAAAAGCUAUCAGAGGCAAUGCUACAAUUUGAGUUUGAGGAGCUGAGGACAGGGUCUAGCACCCAGGUACCCGGAACAUUGCACACACCUAGCCCUGAGGCUGGGCUGUCCUCGACCCCAAGCCCUGACAUUCUCAAAUUAUUACCCCAAGAUGAAAGUCCCAACCUGGUCAGUGAUGAUGAGGGGGAUGCUGAGACAACAUCGGACUUCCUAGUUACAGAGCACAGAGCUGAAAGGCUUUGCGGUGCACAAAGAUUAGAUAUCCCUGCAAGCCAGUCACCCUACUAUGUCUAUCCCUUUGGCCUGCAUGCUGUUCAUCAUGUCCCUUGGGAUAUUGAGAUUGGGAAUGACACUUUAUACCUUCGCUCCCGGAAGUGUUGCAGAAUUGCUGUUAGAACUGGGUGA